AGCUCUGCGUCCCGAGGCCCCCGGUCCACCGAGAGAGACACGGGACAAAAGUUGCUGGGACAUAACAAGAGUCAGGUUAUGAAACAAUGGAUGAGUGACAAAUAAGAAAUAUUGACUUUACUAUUCCAGGAGCAGAAAGUCUCUUCGCUAUUUCACUUUUUUUUCCUCUCACAUUUUUUGGGGGGGGUUCGAGAUCUUCUCUCCUUCGUUCUUGGCAAAGGAGACAAAUCGACGUUUGGAUUUUCCCCUGAAAUUCUCAAACUCUGCGACGGAUUUUAUAUUUAUUUUUGAUUUAUUUUUUAAAGAAAAUAGUUUUUUCCCUCAAAAGCCUCAAAUAAGACUUCAUCCUCCAGAGGUUUGUGUUGGGGAUGUUGAGCUCUGUGAAGAUGGAAACCCAUGAUCUGCCAGAGUGGAAUACUUUCUACAGCGAGGCCAGUGAGAUGUAUUCCUCCCCCAGCACCAUGAACUCAGGUCUGGGCUCAAUGGGCACCAUCAACAGCUACAUCAACCUGAACCCAGCCACCGCCUCCCCUGCUGGCAUGAACAUGGCGUACCCCAGCUCCAGCAUCAGCAGCUCCCCGCUGGCCUCCAUGGGACCCGGGCCCGGCCACAUGUCCCUCUCCCCGGUGGCCUCGUCCCUCAGCACGAGCUCUCUGACUCAGCUUGGCCCCGCUGGUUCCAGCUCCCUGGGCUCCUUGUCCCACUACCAGAACAUGGGCCAGUCCAUGAGUCAGCUGGGAUACCCCUCGACUGGGACCCUGAGCCGGGCCGGGCCCAAGGACAUUCCCCCAAAGCCCUACCGGCGUUCCCUGACCCACGCCAAGCCGCCAUACUCAUACAUCUCCCUCAUCACAAUGGCGAUCCAGCAGAGCGGCAGCAAGAUGCUCACCCUGAACGAGAUCUACCAGUGGAUCAUGGACCUGUUUCCCUACUACCGCGAGAACCAGCAGCGCUGGCAGAACUCCAUCCGCCACUCGCUCUCCUUCAACGACUGCUUUGUAAAGGUGGCUCGCUCACCAGACAAGCCAGGCAAAGGUUCAUACUGGACUCUGCACCCACAGUCAGGCAACAUGUUCGAGAACGGCUGCUACCUGAGGCGCCAGAAGCGCUUCAAGAUCGAGGACAAGAUGGCAAAGAAAGGAGGCAAGAGCCAGGAGAUGGGCUCAGGGAAAGGACGCCACAGUGGAGAUCACCUAGGGGAGGAUUGCAGCCCCACAGGAGGAUCAGAGGGAGCCGACUCUACCCACUCAGACAACUCCCACCCAGGCUCCUCAGAUGACCAGCCGCACCCCCGAAACUCCCUGAUUCCACUAGACUGCCCUGCGCUGUCCUCCUCACACCUCCACAGCCCACCGGUCUCCCUGCCUCCCUCCUCCUCCACCUCAUCCUCCAUCCCUCCAUCCUCCUUGUCCCUCUCUGGCACCUCCUCCUCUUCUUCCUCCAACCCGCUCCUCCACUCCCAGUCCUUAGCAGGCAGCACCCACCUCCUGCCCAGUGCCAUGCAGCAGCACAUGGACCUACAGAGCGAUGCCCUUAAGUCCCUUGACCCCCACUACAACUUCAACCAUCCCUUCUCCAUCACCAACCUCAUGUCCAAUGAGCAGAAGAUGGACCUCAAGUCCUACCAGGACCAGGUGAUGGCCUAUAACAGCUACACUGGGACCUCUCCUGUGGGGGCCAAGCAGAUCUACGACAGCCCCGGGCCAGUGGCCAUGGACUCAAGUGCUUAUUACCAAACUCUGUACAGUCGCUCUGUGCUCAACGCUUCCUAAUGUGGACACACACACCUGGUGAGCCGAGAUGGAGACUUCUCGUUUUCUCUGCCUUUUCUAAAAUGGACACCCAAGCUCUCUUUAUUUUCCUCUUCCUUUCUCUCUCCCUCUCUGGCUCUCGUCCAGCGGCCUUGAAAGAGACUCACAUCUAAAAUGGCCACCGUGUUUGAGGGACCAAAGAACAGGCUUUUUUUCUUUUACCAGGUUCUGAUAAACGUAGAAAUAUGGGUUUGGUUACAUGGAGGAAAGAAAAGUGAAGCUGGACGUUGAGAAGUCUUAACUGAUGAUGAAGACAUUUGACCCAUCUGUGUUCAGUCAACACAGACGUCAGAUUCCAUCAUUGCCCUUCGCAGGAGCUCUGUGUACGGCAUUAUUGGCUUUGUACAAAAUGUAAAUAGAACUAAUGUGGGGAAAAAGGAUAUUUGCAUUUAUUUAUGAAGGGAAUAAAUUUUAAUAUAUCUUGUAUAGUGCUCUGUCAGCCAGUUACAACCCAAAUGUGAGGAAAUAAGAAGUUUCAGGUUACUGCUUCAGGCAGGUGUUACUGCAGUGGGAGACAGCUUAGUACAUUUUUGUUUUGUUACAGCAUUUCACAUUACGUUCCGUCAUUUCUGUCACGUCAGGCGUCCAUCAAUGUAAAUGUAGCCUGUGAAGUCUGUACUUUCAAAAAAAUAUUUGUAGUUUUAGUUUGAUAUGAAGAAAAAAAAGCCAUUUCAUUGUUGCUGGAGCACAAAGGAGACAAAAAACUGCAGCCAGAGGGAAAGAGGCAAAGAAACUGUGGUAAAAAAAAAAAGCAUGUUGUGUUUCUGUUUUUCAAGACCCAGAUCAUUUCCUGUUGCAACGUAUACGACAGCAUUGAAGCUAAAUGCCUUCCCACAGCCUGUAACAUUCAACAGUUGGCGGGUGAGGUGCAUUGGGGGAGUUCAGUCAGUUACCAAAACAGCAGAGGGGAGGAGAGAUGCACUAUGGGAGGAUUUA